AUGACAUAUUCAACGAAAGGAGGAUUUUAUGGUGAUAACGAAGACAACAGUAUCACACAACAACUAAAUAGCGGCGUUAGAGCCUUAAUGUUAAAUAUAUUUGCUUAUAAAGGGGAUGCAUGGUUAUGCCACGGAUGUGAUUAUAAGACUGGUUUACUAAGCCAAGGUCCUGCGCUUGGCCUCUUUAAGGAAGUUGAAGCCUUCUUAACUUUAAAUUCAUAUGAAAUUGUAACACUAAUCCUAGAAGACGGAGUUGAUGCUGGGACGAAUACAUUAGGAAAAGUUUUUGAUGCUUCUGGGUUGACAAAAUACUUGUUUCCAUUAUCGAAAAUGCCUUUACAUGGUGAAGAUUGGCCAUUAGUCAAAGACAUGGUUACAGCUAAUGAAAGGCUCGUUGUCUUUAGUUCAUCCAAAUCUAAACAAGAAAGUGAAGGCAUUGCAUAUCAAUGGAACUUCAUGGUUGAAUAUAAAUUUGGACGUGAUGGAAUGCAUACUAAUCGUGGGCGGUCGUUGAAACUAAACAACACUAGUAAAUCUCUAGUGUUAUUCAACUAUGUCGAUUCAGAACAAAAAAAGAAAAAAAAAAACUACAAUUCUGCUUACGACUUCACAGCGCCUAAGGAAAUAAAUACCAAAGAUCUUAUCAACACAAUUAAAAUGUGUUAUACUUCAAUCAGUAAACGAUGGCCGAAUUUCAUUGCUGUUGAUUAUAGAAAGAGGAGAGAUGGAGGAGCAGCGUUUGAAGCUGUGGACUUCUUAAAUGGAAAGCUAUUAUGUGGGUGUGAGGAUGUGAAUUCAUGCCAGAAUGGUUCGUUGUGCACUUCAGAUGUUGAUGAUGAAUCUCAAAAUCAUAUUUGGUUCAAUGUUUAG